AUGGAGACUCCUGCUCAUGCUUCAUUGUACAACACAGACUUUGUCCAGAAUGGUCGAGCAAUCACAGCCCUUUGGGGUUCCUGCACUCUGUUCCUUGGAGUCUUAGAGUUUGUGGUUCUGCUGCAGCCAGCCUGGAUUUUAGGUGGCGAGGGCAAAGGACAGUUUGGCCUCUAUGAGGUGUGUGAGGAGUCAGAAUGGGGCCCAGAAUGUAGGGGGCCAUCUGAGCCACUGCAGGCUCUCCCCCCAUUCCAGGCUGCGGCUGGAUUUAUUGUAUGUGCCUUGCUGCUGGUCCUGCUUAGCCUGGGCUGUCUUGCUCUCCUUUGGUUCUGUCACUCUGGGACUGUUUUCAAGCUGUGUGCCUGGCUGCAGCUGAGUGCUGCCUCCUGUCAGGCCCUCGGCUGCCUCCUGUUCCCUGAUGGGUGGGAUUCCCCUGCUAUCCGUCCCCUGUGUGGUUAUCGCUCAGACAGGUACCAGCUGGGGGGCUGCUCUGUUCACUGGGCCUUCAUUCUGGCCAUACUAGGAAUCUUUGAUGCUCUGGUUCUGUCCAUAUUGGGGUUUACCCUUGGAAAACGUCAGGACGCUCUUCAGCCUGAUGAAGCUCACUUGAAACCCAAUAAAAAAGGUGAGCAGGAUCCAUUCUUCUGAUAAUUAAGCUAAGGCCCUAAAUGUUCCCCAUAGACACAGAUCUGUGCCUGCUCACUGCUAUU